AUGGUAGUGGGGGAGGCUGGACUGGGGAAGUCCACGCUGGUCAACUCCUUGUUCCUGACGGACGUCUAUUCGCCAGAGUAUCCAGGGCCUUCGCACAGAAUUAAGAAGACUGUUCAGGUUGAACAGUCAACGGUUCUCAUUAGAGAAGGGGGGGUUCAGCUGCUCCUGACAAUAGUCGACACGCCAGGAUUUGGGGAUGCCCUGGAUAAUAGCAAUUGCUGGCAGCCUGUCCUUGACUACGUUGACAGUCGGUUUGAAGACUGUCUCCUGGCAGAAUCCCGUGUGAACAGGCGUCAGAUGCCGGACAACAGGGUGCACUGUUGCUUAUACUUCAUCACUCCUUUAGGACAUGGACUGAAACCCUUGGAUGUUGAGUUUAUGAAGCACCUACAUGAAAAAGUGAAUAUCAUCCCACUUAUUGCCAAAGCGGACACACUGACUCCCGAAGAAUGCCAACAGUUUAAAAGACAGGUCAUGAAAGAAAUUCAAGAGCACAGGAUUAAAAUAUAUGAAUCCCCGGAAACGGAUGAUGAAGAAGAAAAUAAGCUGGUUAAAAAGAUAAAGGACCGGUUACCUCUUGCGGUAGUCGGUAGCAAUACUAUCAUUGAAGUCAACGGUAAGAGACUUCGGGGAAGGCGGUAUCCUUGGGGAACUGCAGAAGUUGAAAACGAUGAGCACUGUGACUUCACGGUUCUCAGGAACAUGUUGAUAAGAACUCACAUGCAAGACUUGAAGGAUAUCACUAACAAUGUCCACUAUGAGAACUACAGGAGCAGGAAAUUGGCGGCUGUUGCAUACAGUGGAGUGGACAAUAAGAAAAACAAAGGGCAGUUGACAAAAUUUGACACAGGUGAAGGCAUGAGCCCUCUGGCACAAAUGGAAGAACGGAAAGAGCAGGCGGCAAAGAUGAAGAAAAUGGAGAUGGACAAGGAGCAGGUCUUUGAAGUGAAGUUCAAAGAAAAAGAACACAGACUGAAGGACUCUGAAGUGGAGCUCCAGCGGCGGCAUGAGCAAAUUAAAAAGAACCUGGAGGCCCAACACAAAGAACUGGAUGAAAAACGCCGCCAGUUUGAGGAGGAGAAAGCACACUGGGAAGCCCAGCAACGAUAG